AUGCUAGGUUUUACAGCACGUACUUCUAGCUCAAUUGCUGACACGGAUGAACGAAGUCGUGCCGCAACCGCUUCACAUUCGUUGAACCUGACUACGGUUAACCACUACGAAGACGCCGAGUUUAAGUUAUAUGGAGCCGUAGUCAAGGCAAAUGUGCUACUGGUUUUAUCGGUACAAAUGGCUAAGCCUAAAUCCGAGGCAAAACGUCAGGCCCAAACCUAG